CGGAUGGACACAGUUCUACGUCUCCUGUGGCUCGAUCCACAUUCGUGUUCAUCGGGGCCUCGCGCGGCGUUGGAUUUUAUGCUUAUAGGUCAAUACUCGCCCAGAACUCCGACGCCUGCGCCGUUCUACUUCUAUAUUCCAUUCAUGAAUUCUGCAAUUCAAAAGAAUGGCAGCUGGUAGAUCCCAAUGUCCGCGCCAGGACGACUUUAAUUGAAGGUGACGCUUUGUCGGAGGCGGAUGUUCGUACUGCGCUCUGGUGCGCUAUGGAUGGCUUGUAUGGCGUAGUAUACAGCUUAGGCCACGAACCCUCGGCCGAGGGAAUAGGGACACAUCUCACAUCACCAAUGCCGAAAUCUUCUAGCGAUAUUUGCUGUCAAGGUCUGAUAACCCUCCUGCGCGUCCUGUACGAUGUGUACCUAGAUUUCGAAAACGAUGCGCCGAAGCUUGUGGUCGUCAGCUCAAUGGGAGUUGGCCAGCGUGCCUUUCAGCAACUGCCGGUUCUUCUCCGGCUCAUAUUCUCGCACUUUCUCCGCAGGGAGCUUCAAGACAAGCUUGCCAUGGAAGUCGUGCUCUCUCAGUGUCUCGUUCGUCUCUCCACUGCAUUCAGGUCUACACGAUAUGUACCCCGAUUCUUUCCAUUCCCCUCCGAAGUCAGCCCCUCCGCCUUUCCACUCGAUGCUUCGAACUCUCUUCCACGACCAUUUCUUCUUCCCCCGGAAGUGUGCGUUGUACGGCCAGCUCUGCUCACGAGUGGUUCUGCCAAAGGGCGAGGAAGAUACAGAGUAGUGCAAGAAGACAAGAUAAAAAUCAAUGCUGGGUGGUGGGGGAUGUAUUCCAUUUCAAGAGAGGACGUUGGCGGAUUUAUUGCAGAUCUAUUCAAUCCCUUUGACGAUUGGACUUCUCGUUGGUGGGGCCACCAGGUAGUUUUAGCUUAUUGAGUUUAUUAUUAGCGUAGAUGCAACCGAACCUAACGAUUGCCAAGCAGCUUGAUCAUGUAUCUCUGGUCUGCUCUGUCGAAAUAGAACCCAUUGUAU